AUGACAGAAAUGGUAAAUCUUCUACAGGUUCCAUUAAAACAAGGGACAAACAAAAAGGGUGCAUAUAAUAGAACUAUGAAAGUUCCUGAUGGAAUGAAAGAAUUAGUUCAUAUUGUUGCUGGUCUUCAAAAAGAUGUUAAACAAAUGAGAAACGUUUUAACAUUACCAGAAGCUCAAGCAUAUGCCAAACGUCAUGGUCCAAAUUGGGAAGCACACGAAGCAGACAUUACGGGUCCAAAUGGAAAACCUGAUGGUAUAAAUGAAGUUUUCGUUACUGAUGGUCAAGGUAAUAUUAAAGUCAUAAAUGGUUAUAAAUUAACUAUAUCUGAUUAUCCUAAACGUAAAGCAUAUAAUGAACGUUAUCCUAUGCAAUUUGAUGAAAAUGGAAAAGCUGUUAAACAAUACAUUGGAGAAGGUGAAAAUGGUCCAAUUAAUUCAUACCGUCAUAAUCCAUAUUCUUAUUUCAAUGAAGAAUUAAAUGCUAUUGAAGAGGGACCGGAUGGAUUACCACGAUAUUCUAACCAGUUUGAUG